CGCCUGUAGUAGAUAUCAGCUGAAUUAUUCGGCUAAAAUGCCCUGGCACGGGCAUACGUAGUCGUCGGUCCGCCAUUACGACGCAGCCGAGACACGUUCGUCGUAUUUAGUUAAAUAUUUUCGUUUAUAAAUGAGUAAUAACGCUCAUGAGCUAAGUAAUCGACUUCUGAAUGCCCUGGAUAAGAAUUACAAUGUCGUCGACAUGCAGACGGUUAAUGAAAUUAUAUCCAUUUUGGAGAAGUUUAAUAUCACAAAAGAGCUGUUGGAGACCACCCGACUGGGCAAGCACGUGAACGAGCUCCGACGCAAGACAAGCGACCCGACACUCGCUCGCCGCGCCAAGGUGCUCGUUAAGCGGUGGCGAGACCUCGUCAUACCAGCCAUCGCAUCGCCUGCCCAUACGGGGUCGAACCGAUCGUCAGCGGAGCGACAAGUACGCAGAUUGGGAGGCACACCUCUCACAUCUCCAGCACUAUCACGCCAUGUGGUGAGCCCCGCGGUACCGAGUCCCAGACUUCUUGCUAGGCCAGCAUGGGGUGGUUACGAGUCGGACUCGCAGGACGUGAUCCUGGUGGACGACGACCCCCCGCCCCCUCCGCCGCCCGCCCUCACGCACAAGCCUGUCACACCACCUGUCAAGAGAAUGUCCACCCCGGAUGUUUUGAGUGAUGAAAAAAAAGCGAAAAGGGACAAAAAACCAAAAGAAGAAAGGAGACGUCCAAAAAGAAGGGGCCACAGUCGCGCCGGCUCCGGAGCGGAGACGACGAUACCGGAAGUCCCCGAGCCGUCCGUCCCGCCCGGGACAGGCCCACCCGGGACUCCUAUCCCGCCCGGGACCGUCGCGCCGAACACGUGGGGCGCCCGCAACGGCUCGGGACCGGAACGUCGACGGAAUGGAUGGAGAAGGGACCCACAAGACCCCUACACAGCGCUCGUUAACAGACUGCCACCGGCUGGUGCUAAGAAGGUUAAAACAACAAAGGAGCUAUUAGAGCAGAUCCAGUCGCGGGGUAGUGGCAAGACUCCGUCGAGACCACUAUCUCCGCGCUCACCCGGCUCACCCCACUCACCAGAUGUCAUGCUUAUAGAACCGGAUUCUAGUCCAGUAAAGGUGGAGUCGCCGCUUCGCAACGGAAGCAGCGAGCCGAGGCGACCGAAGACCGAAGCGGAGCCGGAACCGGAACCGAAGCCGGAGCCGGCGGCGCUGCCGCCGCUCGAGGACGAGCGCGAGUGGGCGGAGUGCACGUGCGGCUCGGAGGAGGGCGCGGGCGGCGCGCGGGCGGCGUGCCCGGCGGCGCGGCGCGCGGCGCUGCGGCCGCUGCACGUGCAGGCGCUGCACCACGCGCUGCUGCCCGGCGUCAACGGCACGCGCGCGCCGCUGCAGCCGCACCGCUUCGCCGUGCGCCCGCCCGCGCGCGCCGACCGCCCCGAGCUCUUCACCAGCGUCGUGCCGCUCUACAGCUACUCGGACUACGCGGACGACUACUGCGUCAAGAACCUGGCCCGCGUGCCGCUCCGGGCGGCGCCCCCGUGGACGGAAUUCGCCCCGGCGCCGCCCUCGCCGCCGCCGCCGCCCUCGCCGCCGCCACUCAGACCCUACCCCCUCGACGAACCCGAAGUGGAGGUCGAAGUCAAAAUCGAGACAGAGGCCGCGGCGGAUUCGGCCGACGACGGACCGACCGACCCCCCCGAGCCCGCUCCGACGUCGAAGCGCGAGCUGCCGAAGAUCGAGGCCGAGAUGGUGUCGCUGCCGAACCUGGAGCCGAGCGAGAGACUGAAGGCGCCUCUGCUCUCGACGGAGGACGAGACGCAGUUCGGUGCCGAACCGCGGGCCGACGUCGAAGUCUUCAAACAGUUCGUCAGUGAGCCCCCGGAGCACCGAACCGUCGAGCGGACGAAAGCGGAGGAUAUCGACGGUCGGACGCUGUACGCGCUCUGCGAUGCCGCGCUGCGGGCUGUGCCCUACCGCUACGAGCAAACCUUCGCCGCACCUAUCGUAUCUCUUCCCGCCGUGAGGGAGACGGGUGAGGAGGGAGAGGGGCUAGUGGAAGGGGAGGAGGAGGCGCGAGACGCAUUACUCGGCGCGUUAGAUGCGGCCGAGCAAGCCACGGAGCGCGACGAGUUCGGUCGACCGCUACGGACCCCUAACUUCGCGGAGUGGCACGAGUGCGCUCGCCUCGGAGACCUCGUGGCGCUGCCCUACGUCGUCAUAGACUGACGUCGGGACCCCCAGUCUCGCCGAAUUCCAAGUGUCCUUAUGUUAGUUUUAAGAGUGACGGUUGUAUAUAGAUCGUGUGUGAGCGCUCGUGUGUACAUACAGUUGGCGAUGUGAGUGUGAGACCGCGGGUGUGAUACAGAGCGCCGGUCGCCCCGGCGGAAACUCUGAUGGAAAUCUCUAGACUGUUUCGUAUCGAGAUAUCUUGUUACCGAAUGUGAUUUAUAAAGAAAAUUAGGUAAUUAAUAAUAAUAGGAGUUCCAAUUGUAUAUUAUACAUAUAUAUUGCUAUAUCGAGUCAACUAUCAGAUGUGAAUAAUUUAUAAUCUUUCGAUAUGUGAGCCGACCACUAUCGUCGUUUCGUAAGUGAAAAUGGUACCUUGAACGAUUUAAUAAAUUGUUUUCAAUACAUUGCGAGUAAUUUUUAGACAAAAAAUUGUCCGUGAGAGGCCUCCGCGUCGCGACGUUCUUUGCGGUUUGUUUCUUUAAUUUUGUUAAGUGUAUAAGUUGUUAGGGUUCGCGGGGGCUUUUGACGGAGCCGCCCGGUUUAGUGGGUCUGAACGAUUCCAAUGUGCCAGACGAUUUGUGCCAGAAAACUGAUGAUUUUUUUAAACAAUUUAUUGCGAGUACCAAAAAGCGUAUUAUAACUUAUAGUUUAUCGUUUUCUAAUGUAACAAAGUUUUUAGUCAACGAACUUUUGUAAAAAAGAUAUACAAUUCGAAAAGUGAUAUUAAAUCAUGUUUUGUUUCAGUUUUUGUAGGAUUACGUAGAAAUCACUAGUAUAUCAAUUACAAUAGUAAAUUAUUAUUAUCACAGCUUAUUCUCUUAUUAAACUUAGUUAUCGGAUACCCAGAAGAGCAGUUUAAUAUUAUAUUGUAAAGCCCCAUGUAAUAAUUAUAUUUUUUAAGUUUCAAAUAUAAAUACGCACACAAUAUUGUAAAUUGUUAAAUAAUUUGAGUUAUAAUCUCUCGGAAUGAAGUUAUAUUACAACUUUUAAACGGCAAAUAACCAUAGAUACUCCAAAUUUAAUUAAUAAUUAAUUAGAUAUAUUUAUACAUCUUGAUAACAUUGUUAGCGAUGUACUUUUUGCACACCAAAGGUAAAUGAGGACCAAUAGUUUUGUUAUAAUGAAAAGAAAAAUUCAAUUUAGUUUUUCUAUAGUUUUUGAACGUUUUCCUAAUUUUGAUGAAGUUAGAGUUUUGUUAAAAAUCCUUCAUUGUCGAAAUUGUUAUUUAAAUGGUUUUUGUGAUACCAAAUUACAUGAAAUGACAAGACGUUAUUUUUCAAGUCCUUGUUAAAUUCAUUGUCAACAUUAGUUGGUCAAAAUUGUGUUAUUUUUGUGUCAAUUUAAAGUCUUCCUUGUCUUGCUUAAACUUAUGCUCCUGUCUCAAUGUUAGUGUAAUUUCUAUAUUAUUUAAAUUAAAAACUCAUUGAAGACCAAAAUUAGUGAAAUUUUAGUUUUUAUGUAUAUUUAAAUAUCUGACUGUAAAUUUCAAGCUAAUUUAUUAUGAAAGUCGCGUAAGUAUUUUCCUAAAAGCGAAGUGUAUCAAAGAUGAAACUAAAAAAAAUACAAUUUGUUAAAGUUAAGUGUAUUUGUCAAACAUUAACUUAGAUUGUUAAAUGUUUCUAUAUAAGCUCUCUGUACCAUCCAUUUAUUUUUAUAAUCAAUAUUUCUGUUAGAUGUAAUAUAUCAGAUCCACUAAACUGAGGCUUGUAACUAAAGGCCUUACAUGUAAAGCGCGGGAUAAUCCGGGCGUGGAGCUUGUAUAGAGGGCAAUGUAACCCGGAGACUGCCUUGUUGGACUUGUUCCGAAAUUUUGGUAAAAUAUAGAAGCAAAAUAUAUGUGUUUUUAUUACGA